AAGUCCAGCGGUUUCUGAAUCGGCUGCGAGCCGAAGUGGCAGCUAAGCCUAUAACCCAAGUACCUCGUAAUAUUUAGUGUUCAAAUCAUGUCCUCUGAUUCUGGAGACGGGACGCAAGUUGUAUCAAGUCAACCUUCUGGAUCCCGCAGACCCGUCCAUAGGGCUGAAUCAACUGGUAACUUUUGGCAAGAUGCGCGAGAAGCUUUCAAGCGCAUAUCAAUAGUUGAUGAUUUUCAACGUCUUGGCGAGAUGCCAUGUGCUCGAAACAGUCUUAUGAGUGGUAUCGCCAGUGGUGUUGGAGUAGGAGUCAUCCGUAUCAUGAGUGCCGGGUUUCUCGUCGGAUCACACUGGGCAGUAGGGACUUUUAUGGUUAUUUCCUUGGGCACGUGGACUGUUUGCCAGAGGAAUAUUGAAGCAGAGCGACGUAAGCUCCAAAAGGUGGUUGAAGAGAUGCCGAAACGCUUUAUCAAGCAAAAAGACAAAACGAUAGACGAAAGCGGGGGAAGCUGACAAGCGUAAUAAAGGGCAACGCUAACCCUUUUCGAACAGAUUUCCUAUCACCGUCGACACAUCACUCUACCAAAUGAUCUCUCUCCAGUUUUCCACUAAUUCUGGAUCGUCCUUGAAAUAUCUGAUUGGUGACGGGUUCUAAGCCGAUUGAAAUCAACGAUGCAACGUUACCUUGUACGACUGCCCGAAUUGGACGAAGCCCCCUUGAAGCACAUACACAGUAUGAUUCGUGUCAUGCAAGGUGUUGCGGGUUUCUUCGUAAAUCUAUUCUGUUCUC